ACCAGCUCCAGCACAAGAUGCUGCGACUUCUGUAAGUCUAAAUAUCACAAGUUGUAUCAAUGUCAAAAGUUUCAAUUAGCUUUGCCAACUGAACGUGUGCUGUUUAUUCAAAAUAAUAAGUUGUGUUCACUUUGCUUAAAUCAGCAUAACAAUAGAAAGUGUUUCUUUGUAUUCAAGUGUAGCAUAUGUAAGGAGCGUCAUAAUACGUUAUUACACGUAGAUAAUGUACCAGAAAUACCUAAGCAGGUAUCGGUAUCAAUGGGCCAAUAUGGCAAUAUAUUACUACCAACUAUUAAGGUAGGUUUAGUAGAUAAGCUUGGCAAUACGGUUUAUGCCAAGGCUUUAUGUGACUCAGGUAGUCAAAUAUCAUUCAUUUCAUCAGAUUUAGCUGAUCAAAUUAGUUGUGAAUUAAAAGAUGAGCAAACUAUAAUUAGUGGCAUAUGUCAAGGGAAAAACAAAACUGCAAAGAAGGCUAAGUUUACAAUAUAUUCUGAAAAUAAUGAUUACAGCUUAAAGCUAACAUGUUGCAUUGUUUCAAAAAUAACUUGCGAUUUACCACAAUUUGAUGUAGAUAUUGGUAGCUUAAACAUACCGACUCACAUCAAGUUAGCUGACAGGGAUUUCAAUAAAAGUGAACCAAUAUCAAUUUUAUUGGGUUGUGAUAUAUUUUUCAAAAUUCUUUUGCGUGAACAAUUGCCAAUAAUUCCUGGCGGGUUAUAUUUACAUGACACGCGUUUUGGUUAUGUUGUGGCAGGACAAUUACCGUUACAACGAAGCCCGGCCACCACGUCACAACAGAUAACAGCUGUUAGCAACUUUUGUAACCUUGACAAUGAAAUUAGCUCACGUGAGGUCGAUGACACUCUUACAUCUAUUGAUAGCUCACUCAAACAGCUGUGGCGGUGCGAGCAGGUGCCGCAGAUUUAUAAGGAGGCUUCAUCUGAGCAGGAACUAGCAGAAACAAUGUUUCAGGAGUCAGUCCAGCUAGAACACUGUAAAUUUCAGGUAAAGCUACCUUUAAAGCAAGAGUUUAAUGAAGUCAGGCUGGGUAAUUCUUUAUCUCGAGCCUUACAGAGGUUCUAUAACUUAGAAAAAAGGUUUUUAAAGGAUCCGUUGCUUUUUCAGCAAUAUAAACAAUUUAUUGAUGAAUAUGUUUCGCUUGGGCAUGCGAAAUAUGUUGAUAUUGAAAGUUACAAUUUAGAAGAGGAUCCUGUAUAUUUUCUGUCUCAUCACCCUGUGAUUAAUGAAAGUAGUAAAACUACGCGGUUAAGGGUAGUUUUCGACGGUUCAAUGCAGACCGAUCGAAACAUUUCAUUAAAUGACUUAAUGUUAAAUGGACCUUGUGUGCAAAACAGUUUGUUUAAUAUAUUAAUAUUAUUUCGAUUGCAUAAAUUUGUCUUAGUAACUGACAUAAAAAAGAUGUUCAGAAACAUUAAACUUGAUCCAUCACAAUGCUCAAUUCAGAACAUACUAUGGCGUAGUAGCCCACAAGAAAGAAUUAAAUGUAUUCAAUUAUUAACAAUUACAUAUGGAUUAAAAAGUUCGAAUUAUUUAGCAACGAGAUGCCUAAACGAAUUAGCACAUAGAUAUAAGGAUAAGUAUCCUUUAGGUUCCGAUAUGUUGCUUAACAAUACAUUUGUUGAUGACAUAACAGCUUCUAGCAAUAGCUUAGAAGAAUUAGGUAAAAUCAAAGAACAAUUAAUUGAGCUGCUUGCCUUGGGCGGGUUCCAAUUGCAUAAGUUGUGGUCCAAGCAGUACUUAGUACAGUUGCAAAAUAGGCCUAAGUGGCAGAAUUCUCUUCCUAAUAUCGAAGUAGGAACAUUAGUUUUAUUGAGGAGUGAUAACAUUCCUCCUUUGAGUUGGCCAAUGGCACGUGUUGUUGAAACGUUCCCAGGUUCAGAUGGCAAAGUUAGGGCAUUGUCAGUCAAAACAACAAAAGGUACUGUGAUACGGACAAGUGUUACCAAAGUAUGUGUACUACCUAUCGAUAAAUAAGCCUGGAACGUGUUGGUUCCAUUGUGGUGCUCAUUGGGCUCGCCUUACUCAACUAAUUUACAUUGUAAAAAUUGUUUAGUUUGUAUUAAAGCAAUAUAAUUAUGUGGCUAAAUAGGUUACAGUAGUUUAUCUUAAGACUUACAAUUGUUAUUAAACUUAAAAUUUGUGUCUUUACUGUUCAGGUGUAAAGUUAAAAUAUACCUAGGUACAUUGCUGUAUUUCAUUAUACUUGUACAUAUUUCCCAUUUAUGUUUACUGAUGAUGUGUUACCUAUCUAUCUAAAUGCAUGUAAAGAUAUGAUAUGCCAUAGUAAAUAAAUGUAUUUGUAAACAUAAGUAAGUUCGUUUAGGUAAAGGUCAAUAAAAUGCAGUGUGAUUAAUAAAAAUAUAAGUUUAAUACAUGUUAUUGUGUUACUUUAAACAUAGUUAAAUUAAUUAUCUAAGUUAUUCACUUGCACAAAUAGGUUGCAGUCACAAAUUAGUUGGUGUAACUGGUUGGUCAGUUCACACAUAUACCUGUUAUAAGUACAUAACUAUUAAUGUGUCUUAAUAAAAUUUAUGAAUGCAUGAUUGUGUCUACCUGUGUGUACUUGCUAAUUUUGUGUGAGCAAUGUUAGUCAAUGUAAUCUGCGUAGAUAGAUAUGUAACAUUACUUAACUGUAGUUAUUAACUAUUAUUACAGGAUAAGGUGUCGUUAAUGUCUUACUCCAUGUGUUUAAAUUAAGUAGUUGCUUAAAUAGUUAUACAUUGGUUCAAUCAAAGUUUCUAAAUUGUUUGUUAUCACUAUCACAUGGGUAUAGGUGUUAAUUUUUUCAUAUAAAGUCAUUAGGAUAUAUCUUUGCCGUUGGGCGCAAUUAUGUACGAAACGCACAUAUAGAUUUAUACCUACAUAGCUAGCUAUAGUAAACAGAUGUAUAGCAUAUAUGUUAGUAUCUGUAAGUAGCUAUAGAUUAAGUUCAGUUACCUCAUUACCGCGGUCGCAUUAACUUCUCAUGUACUUAGCCUAGCCAAAUUAAAUAAUUAUUUGAAUACAGUCCACUUAAAACGAA